CAUUGAGCAAGAGCAAUGAGGAAGAGCCACGAUGACACUUCCCAUAUUCAAACAGAUUCUUCGAGUAAAUUGUAACUUUGAAAAGACUCUUGUGUUUUCUCCGAGUUAUUGUUAAACUAUUAGACACGUUUUGUGCUGACCGGGGAAAUGUAAUUUGUGAUUUCCAAACUUCAGGUAGCUUCACCCCCUUUCGCACCGUAAAUGGUUUUGCCCAUGGAUUCGCUCGAACGCUGAUCGCACACCACCGGACUUCAAGACACAGAUUUCCCCUCCCACCCCCGUGUGCAUCUCAACUAGUUUUUGUGUUUUUCUGCACAACAUAUACAUUGAUGUGUUCUUGAAAAUACGCUCUGUACUGGGCGGUUUGUCUGCGCCUGCGCUGGGACGCAACCAAGCUAGGAGCUGCGCUACCAGUGACUGGAAUUAAUAAGCAGUGCAUCCAGGGCCUGAGGUAGAAAAGCAGUUCAAAACCACGAUGGGGCCUCCACAAUACUUCACAGGGCUGUAAAUCAGCUGGCCUAUGUGUAGAUUUCCAAGUGCCCCCCCUAUCCUUUCACCAUUCCCACCACCCCCUCCAUUAGUCUUCCCCAUCAUUUCUACCUUCCUACAACUCCCACUCAAACCGGUGCUGCUUUUCAUCCUGCUGGAAGGCACCUCGAAGAUGCUCAGAUGAUCCGCGGACUGGUUCUCAACCAUACUUUCUACGCAGCCCAGGACCGUGACAACUAUCUGGUGCGAGAGUCUCCUCGGAGGGUACAGUGAGUACCCUGAGGGGCCUGCCUGCCUUGUUUGGCAGAAAACUUGGUAUCCCCCCUCACAUCUCCAGCACCGGAGAUGCCCUCGCCUCCCAAUGAUGGAGAGGAUCGAGGCGCAUCCCCCGUGAACUUGCCAUCUGUGGGCUCCUACCAGGGCCAUGGCAAGAGGAAGGUGCACACCAAAAAGAAGAAGGGCAUCAUCAGUGCCAAUGUUGCUGGCACCAAAUACGAAAUUGUUCGCAUAGUCAUCAAUGAGAUGGAUUUUUUGAAAACACGAGAUGAGGACGAGACUGCCAAUCUCAUCUGGAACGACUCGGCUGUACAGCAUGAGAAAAUUGCAGAGCUCAGGAAUUAUCAGAGAAUUAAUCAUUUUCCAGGUAUGGGUGAAAUUUGCCGCAAAGACUGCUUAGCAAGAAACAUGUCAAAAAUGAUCAAGUGCCAAUCCCAAGAAUACAGCUUUGUACCCAAAACGUGGAUCUUCCCUGCUGAGUAUACGCAGUUCCAAAAUUACGUCAAGGAGCUGCGACGGAAACGCAAGCAGAAGACAUUUAUUGUCAAACCAGCCAAUGGAGCCAUGGGUCACGGGAUCUCACUUAUCCGUAACUGUGAGAAGCUGCCUGCCCAGGAGCACUUUAUUGUUCAGGAAUACUUGGACAAACCUUUCCUAAUGGAGGGCUACAAAUUUGAUCUGCGAAUCUACAUCCUUGUUACUUCCUGUGACCCACUUCGCAUUUUCCUCUACAACGACGGCCUGGUCCGCAUGGGCACAGAGAAGUACCAUGCACCCAGUGAGGCCAACCUGAGUCAGCUCUACAUGCAUCUUACCAACUACUCAGUCAACAAACACAAUGAGAAUUUUGAACGGGAUGAGACGGUGGACAAAGGCAGCAAAAGAUCCAUCAGCUGGUUCACAGAGUUCCUGCGCACCAAUGAUUACGACGUGGCCAAAUUCUGGGGUGACGUCUCUGAACUGGUUGUAAAGACAUUAAUAGUGGCGGAGCCCCACGUGCUGCAUGCGUACCGCAUGUGCAGGCCUGGUCAGCCACCAGGGAGCGACAGUGUCUGCUUUGAGGUCCUGGGCUUUGACAUAAUCCUGGACCGUAAACUCAAACCUUGGCUCCUGGAGAUCAAUCGAGCUCCAAGCUUUGGAACAGAUCAGAAGAUCGAUUUUGAUGUCAAGAGAGGAGUUUUGCUCAACGCUCUGAAACUGCUCAACAUUAGAGCCAGCGAUAAGAAACGUAACCUGGCACAGCAAAAAGCCGAGGCCCAGAGGCGACUCUAUGGGCACGGCUCCAUAAAGAAACUUUCGGCUGCCUCAUCAGACUGGGAGCGACAGCGUCACACCCUGGAGCGAAGGCGAGAAGAGCUUAAAGAACGAUUGGCGCAGGUCCGCAAGCAGAUUUGCAGGGAGGCGCAUGAAAAACAACAUCUGGGCAACUACAGACGUAUUUACCCCCCAGACGACAAGCUGCUGUUGGAGAAGUAUGAAAGCCUGCUCUCUUCCGCCUUUCAGACCUUCCUCGCUGGGCGAGCUGCCUCGCUUCAGAAGGAAAUGAAUAAUCCUCUGAAACAAAUGAAGGAGGAGGACAUCUUGGAUUUGCUGGAGCAAUGUGAACUGGAUGACGAGAAGCUGAUGGGCAAAUCCUCAAGGCAACGUGGCCCGAAGCCCCUGACCACCAUGCCAGAGUGCAGCCAGACAUCACGACGUCAACGGCCAGACUAUCUGGCUGACUUCACCAGUGGCAGCAGCGUUGAAAACUCUUGCUCCUCUUCAAACGAAGAGGAGGAAGAGAGGAGAAAAACAGAAGGCGGAGGUGGAAGUGGAGAAAAGAGGGAGAAGAAAGUCUCUUAUGACCUUGGGAGCAAAGAAAAAAACUUGGCUGAGCGCUCAGGGCGGAUGCAUUGGAAACCUACGAUCAAGCCUAUGAAAACAAGUUUAGCCCCUUCCGUUUCCCCGACUCACUCCGGCCCAAUCAGACGCUCCAUCUCCUGUCCUCGGUCCAUCGCUUCCCUCUUGUCGCCCAAUGAACUACGAGCUCCGUCCAGUAGGCCCUCCCCUAACGUUCCUGUCAUCACGACCCUCAUCCGGCCGAGCUCUGCGACACUCCGUUCUCAUUCGCUCAGCCGCAGUAGCUCUGCUUACCGUGUGCCUCACAGCAACAGCCUGGGCACGAUCCACUCCAACAUUGGUGAUCCACUAAUUAAUCUAAGGACUAAAGAACAGGAGGCGGAGCUUGUUCGUCAGACACUGACUGCACUCACUGCCAUGAGGAUCCGAUUUCCUGGAAAAACGGAGGAGGAGGCCGAGGUAGUGCUUGAUGAGAUCCUUGACAACUGGAAAUUUCAUAAACCAAAGGUGGCCUCCUACUGGCUUGUAAAGUUGGACUCCACAAAACAACGGAAGGUUUUGGACAUUGUGAGGACCAAUGUGCGCUCAGCACUGCAGCGGAUCUGGAAAGAGCCAGAUUUGGAAAGCCUUCACUUGUACCGCCUCUUUAACCGUGUCUUCAGCCGACUACUCUGGAGUCAUGGUCAGGGGCUCUGGAACUGCUUCUCUAAUUCGGGUUACUCAUGGGAGAGCAUCUUCAGUAAGAGCAGUGAGGUGGUUUCGCCUCAGGAGCUGCAAUGCUGCCGCAGGCUGGUGCAGCUGUGCCGAGACUGUUUAUUAGUCGUCUACAAGUUUGUCUCAGAGUCCCGGGGCUCUUUGACUGGGCUCAGCCCAGAAUGGGAUGACACCAGAGUACCAUUUGCUGCUGGACCAGCCUCUACCCAUGGCUCUACCUCUGCUGCUGUCGCUGCCGCUUCCUCUUCCUCCGUCUCUUCGCCCCCCGAUGCAGGUACUGGAACGCUGUUAGCAGGAGCUGCCUCACUGCUCUGUCUCGGUGGAAGGUGUCAUAGGAAAGUCUUAGAAAGGUAUCUCCUGCCAGUGACCUCCCAGUUCAUCGUAAAGUGGCCUUCGUCCAGCUUUGGCCACGUGUCCAGAGCCGUGCCGUUCAUACGCAGCCGUUUUGCCGCAGGAAUGGGACACUUCUGAGGUCAUCGUGGUAAUGUCGGUUUCAGAGACUUUCACUUUUUGACCUCAGUCUGCUUCCGAUGACUUUCUUCUAGACAAACUCCCAGAAAGGUUCUUAACUUUGAACAGCUCUGGACACCUGAUGGACACUCUACCGUGGCCUGUCGCCCUGAGUCAGACCAGCAAAAGCCAAUAGAUUUGGGACAGUCAACGCUUUUUUCAGUCUUGGCACUGCUGUCAGAAUCCCACUAACUUUGCCUUCACCCCAAAUAACAGAAAACAAUGGACUUGUCCCUCCGCUCACAUUGUAACUGCUCUAUUUUAACAAUUCACUGUCCAGCUAAAACUCAUGGUACUGUUAUUUAAAAAAAAAAAACAAAAAAAAAACAUGACCAAUGCAAAGAUUGUUUAUUUAUUUACUUAUUUAUUUUGUCAAAUGUUCCUUGAAUGCAGCGAAUGCUAACACAGAAUUCAACUAUGGAAUGCUAACCACAAAGCUUAUUUUUGCUGGCUGUUUUAAAUGCUUCCUUUCUGUGUUCUCAAGAAAUGUAACUUUUUUUAUAACCGCUGUCAGAGUAUUUAUGUUUAUAAUAAUUUAUCAUCUAGUUUACAUAAGUGACCCCUCCAUUCAACAACAAAAAAAAAGUUUUCCAUCUUAGUGUGGGAUAUUAAGUGCAGACUUUUUAAACAAUGUUUAGAAUGUAAGUGUAUUACCACGUAGAGAACACGAUGAGCCAAACAACAUCUUGCAGAGCACUUAGUUCCAAAUAUGCACUUUGCAGAGAACAUCGCUAAUGGGUGCACAUGGCAGAAAUGUUUGUGUGGCGGCUUUUUAUUUGCCCGUGAGACAGACGAGCUGCAUUGGGACUACACUUGAAAUUUAGUUUGGUUGUUUAGACACUUCCCUUUAAAAUGUCAUUAGUGAAUACAGCUAAAGAUGAUCAAGGGUACGCUUUUCCACAUCUAGAUUGUGUGCAGCACAUUGAUUGAUUUGGACCGUCAGCCCCAAAUACUGAUAGCAUGGAUGUGCCAGUAAAAACCUCACCUACUUCAUUUGUGUUAAGGUUCAUAUUUCACGAACCACCGUAGGAUUUGUGGAGAGCAGUGAAGUAGAGUUAAAAAAAAAAAAAAAAGAAGUGUGUUGUUUGAGAGAGGAGUGGUGUUAUAUUUUAAGUAGUUGAGUGCCUCUGUGCAGAAACCCAUCAGAUGUUACAAAUGUCAAGAUUAAUUUGUUGUGCCAAAAACUAUCGAGCAACAAAGUUGUUGCAGGUGGUUAAAAAAAAUCAACAACAAAAAAAACCUUCUACAUCAGUUUACAAUGCCAAAUUAUGAUUUAUUUUCCCCCUGAAUUCCACAUAUGUGUUAUUUUAAAGACAACUUUUUCAAUGGAGGAAUGGGAUUUUUAAUGCUAGGAAGCAAUAAAAGUUUCAACUAAA